UAUAAUUGAAAGAAAAUGAACGCUACAUUGUCACCCUCACCCCAGACAUUGGGUAUGAUGACCGCACACGAUGGUGGAAGUCCUAUGGGUGGAAGAUUACGAGACCGAUCUCCGAACUCAUCGGUUGUCAUGACUACAGUAAUAACACGUCCUUCGUCACGUGGUCUACCAGAGGAAAAAUCUGUUCAAUCGAAUUCAGAUUCCGAUCAGUUAAUUAAUCAAGAUCAGCAUUCUGAUGUAAUAAUCGAACACAAUGGAGUUCAUGGUGUGCCUGUGAUACAACAAAUGCACACAGUUACUGAUUCUAUGACGUCAGAAUUGAAAAGUCAUUCAUCCGCAAGCGAACAACAAAUUCGUCAACCAGCAGUGGAAUUGCAAUCAUUGGGAGAUCAUCAAAGAACAGUGUUGACGGCUGUAUCAUCCGCUCAAUAUCCAGAACCGUUUCCAGCCGUGUAUCACACUCCACAGUAUGUAACUGGAAUUGUCGAUCCAUCAUCGUUUGUUCAUAUCCCAGCAAUUCAAGACAGCAUUCAAUACCAGCAGCACGUCAUUCCACCACAUUUUGUUGAGCAGCAACAAAUACAACAUCAGCACCAACAACCGAUUCAUCUUUCACAAGAGCUUCCUCCUCCGCCGAUUGGCUACCCACCCGGAAUUAUGCAGUCGAACAAUAACUCAUCAGCCAAUCGAACAGCAGCUUUCUACCAAAGGCAGUUGUAUCCCCAGGCAUCCCAAGACGCAAGACCGAUCAAAUUAGAGCAAGGAGGAACGUCUACACCUCAAACUUCUUAUCCAUACGUUGCUCAGCCAGGCUUCCCAGGACCUCCGCAGUACGCGAUUCCUUUACAAGGUACAAGCGGAGGUUAUGGAUAUGGAGCUCACGCACAACUUCCAAAUGCUCAUAACAUGAAUCCUAAUGCACAGGAAAGCUACGGUGCAGGCUAUGCACCUUACUACAACGCACAGGGAGGAUACUAUCCCACGAAUCCCGCGAGUGCAGUUAUAUCAUCUCCCAUGACAUACCAACUACAGGAACCGCCACCGGAACACGUUGUUACGUCAGAAAGCCUAAAAUACACAGUUGAUGACCUCGACAGAAGGAAAUCCGGAAGCGGAAAUAAAAAUCGACCCAAGUCAAAUAAAUCAUCAAAUCGAGCGAAUUCAUCGUCACCCACUCCCGAUACACAACUAGAGCGUGUCUUCGUCUGGGAUCUUGACGAAACCAUCAUUAUAUUUCAUUCAUUGCUGACUUCAUCAUUCGCUCACAGAUAUAAUAAGGACGCAACUCUCUCCUGCAGCCUUGGUCUACGUAUGGAAGAAUUGAUAUUCAAUUUAGCCGACACUCAUUUGUUUUUCAAUGACUUAGAGGAAUGCGACCAAGUCCACAUUGACGACAUUUCUUCUGACGACAACGGUCAAGAUCUCACAAAUUAUAAUUUCGGUACCGACGGCUUCAGAGCGACAUCUGGCGGCGUUUGUGUGGCCGGUGGAGUUCGAGGUGGAGUCGAUUGGAUGCGCAAGCUUGCUUUUCGUUACAGACGCAUCAAGGAGAUUUAUGAAAGAUAUGCUAACAAUGUCGGCUCUCUACUGGCACCUCACGACAGAGAAACAUGGCUCCAAAUAAGACAAGAUCUUGAAACAGUCACGGAUUCAUGGCUCACUUUGGCAAUGAAGUCACUAAACAUAAUUAAUCAAAGACCGAACUGCAUUAACGUUCUUGCUACGACAACACAACUGGUACCAGCCCUUGCUAAAUUAAUGCUUUAUGGUCUUGGAGGCGUCUUUAACAUAGAAAAUAUCUAUUCUGCGACCAAAAUUGGAAAGGAAAGCUGCUUCGAGCGAAUUAUACAAAGGUUCGGGAGAAAUGUGACGUAUGUAGCGGUGGGCGAUGGACGCGAUGAAGAACAGGCGGCUAAAGUGCACAACAUGCCCUUCUGGCGAAUCUCAACACAUUCCGAUCUUAUGGCUCUUCAUCAUGCAAUGGAACAAGAAUAUCUGUGAAAUUACGAUGCAAAAUCUAUAAACUCGUCGUGAGGUUACGAGA